AUGCAUGGUUUAACGGUUGACCGGAUGUCAGCAGCUAUCAUAACUUACCCCAGCUUCACGCGAUUCCCAUGCCAGUGCCAUCUACGAUUGGCAAAUGACGUAGCUCGUCGGUCGAUUAUUGAUUCAUCGACCAGUAAAGAGUUGCUGAAACCCAAGUCAUUAUUGUGGCAAGAUGUCGGCUAUACUCCUCCGGCAUACUUCACGAGUCGUGGUGAUGGAACGAAUAUCCAGCGAAUCACAACAGAGUCAUUCGACGAAUUUCUGGAGGACGUCAGCGGCGUGGCGUAUGAUCAACAAGGGUCAAGAGUACUAUGGUUGACGUCGAAGAACACUCUGGUCAUGGCCAUGGACACGAAGACGUGGGCGAUCACGCCGUACACCUACGCCAACGGCAGCCGCAUCGACGCGAUCACCACUGAUCAUUGGACAGGCGAUGUUUUUCUGGUUACCGAUGGAGUACUGAUCAAGAAGAAGUUUGGCACGAAAUCUGCGGAUUUAUGGUAA